AUGCGUGCUUCUUUGAUGUGGACUAUUAACAAUUUUCCUGCGUAUGAGAUGUUGUCUGGUUGGAUGACUGCUAGAAAGCUUGUUUGUCCUCAUUGCAUGGAAAAUAGAGAAGAAAUUUCGGGGAGGGUUUUUCACUUGCCUAACGUCACAAAAGUUGCCCCUUAUAGACUACCUGGUUAUGGUGUUGAACAUAAUUAGACUAAACAGAGCAUAUUCUGAGACUUACCGUAUUGGAAGGAUAAUCUUCUACGGCAUAAUCUUGAUGUGAUGCAUAUUGAAAAAAAUUACUUUGAUAAUUUGUUCAACACUGUUAUGGAUGUUAAAGGCAAGACAAAAGAUAACCCAAAAGCUAGAUUGGACCUAAAGGAAUACUGUAGGCGCCCUGAAUUGAACUUGAAAGAGUUAGCGAAUAAUAAAGUGUUCAAUCCCAAGGCUAGUUUUUCAUUCACUUUGGAGGAGAAACGAGAGAUUUGUCAAUGGGUUAAGAAUUUGUUGAUGUCAGAGGGGUAUGCGUCUAAUUUUGACAAGCGUGCUGAUAUGAAUGAAGGAAAAUUGAUUGGUAUGAAAAGUCAUGAUUGUCAUGUUUUAAUGGAAACUUUGAUUCCUAUUGCAUUUAGUCCCCUACCGGAAAGAAUAUGGAAACCAAUCACAGAGAUAAGUUUGUUCUUCAAGGAUUUAUGUUCUAAUACUUUGACGGUAGAAAACCUUCAAAGAAUGGAACAGAAUAUGCCAGUCAUUACAACUAAGCUCGAGAAGAUCUUUCCAUGUGGGUUUUUUGAUGUGAUGGAACAUCUUCCCAUUCAUCUUGUACAAGUGGCACGCCUUGGAGGCCCGGUUCAAACUAGGUGGAUGUAUCGUUUCGAGAGGACCAUUGGCAAAUGCAAAAAAUUGGCUAAGCAGAGAUCUAAGAUUGAAGGAUCUAUUUACGAAGCGUAUCUUGCAAAGGAAACAAUGCAUUUCUGUUCAUAUUAUUUCGGAGAGCAAGUGUCGUGUAUGAGAAAUAGGCCCAACCGUCAUGAUGAGAGUGGGGUUGAUCCUAACUACCCACCAAUGUCCAUCUUUAAUCAACCAGGACGAGGUUCUAAAAAGCCGCCAAAACGAACCCUGAGUGAUAUAGCUCUUGGACCAGGCAAUGAAGUUAAGACAAUGAAAAAGUACAUUGUUAAUGGUUACAAGUUUCAAAUCGAAGAAGUUUCUCAAUAUAAGAAGACGAAUAAUAGUGAAGUGUGCAUUAAAGGCGAUGCUGAUGGUAGCGGUGUAACUGUUGAUUAUUACGGUGUACUGCAGGAGAUCAUACAACUUAAGGACAAGGCUGAUUGGUGGGUGGUUAUAAAGAUUAAGCCUGUGGGGAGGAUUAAGGUCAAUAAUGCAUUAGAUGUGGUGUACCAAAAUGAUGUACUGGUUGUUCAUCAAACGGUGGACACAGAGUUAGAAAAUAGUCUGGAACAUUCUCAACACAUAUUAGAAGAAGUUGAUGAAGAUGAUGUAACUAUCAUAGAAAAUGUUGAGGAAGAAUCGACCGAUGGACCUGAAACAAGCGAUGGGAAAGAAUCAUCUGAUGAAAAUGAAACAAGUGGUAGUGAUCAAGGUAGAGAUAAAGAUAAAGGUAGAGGUCGAGGUACUAGUAAGAAAAAAGAUAAGAGACCUAUAGAUCCUACAGCUACUAGUAGCCAGUCCAUUCCCUCCGCUCCAUCUAUGCACUCUACUCCGCCUCCUUUUUUUAAUGCCUGGCUCUUCUAUGCAGGCCCAAUCUGUUUGGCUGCUGCUCGUUUUAAGCUUAUGCUAUAUUGUCAUUUGUGUUUCUUGUUUUUGCCUUUUGAAGGAUUUAAGCCUAGUGGUUUAGUUUUGCUACUGCUGGCUGCUGCUACUUAUUUUUGUGUCAAUUUGGCUGCUGCUACUGAUAAGCACCCAGAAAGCCAUCAGUUGGAUUUAGUGAUGGCUAUUGUUUUUGUAUUAGUGAUGGAUCAGCAGCCAAUCCAUGGAACCUAUGCAAGCAUAAAUCUUAUGCCCCUGGAAAUUUUUAAGAGAUCGGGGCUAGCUAUGCCAAGGCCAACUACCAUGAGGUUGCAGAUGGCUGACAGAUCGAUAAAAAGGCCAGUUGGAGUAGUUGAUGAUGUGCUGGUUCAAAUCGGGGAAUUUCUACUGCCGGCAGAUUUCGUGAUUCUUGAUUGUGCUAUUGAUCAAGAAAUUCCUAUUAUUCUGGGAAGACCUUUCCUUGCCACAGGGAGGGCUCUUAUGGACUCCGAAAAGCACGAAAUAAAGUUCCGGGUGAACGAUGAGGAGGUGACUUUUCACGCUAGCAAAGGCAUGAAGUUACCUAGUCCUUAUCAAAGCAUUUCAGUCAUAAACUCUGUUGACAAGGUGGAUGAAGCAGUGGAAUUUAAAAUGGAGGAAGAAUGCUUGAGCGAAGCAUUGUUGGCCAUCUUGGUGAAUUUUGAUGCCGACCAAAUGGAGGGAUAUAAUGAGACAGUGAAUUCACUCACAGGUCUGGGGUCUUACUCUUAUGAGCCCAAGAAAUUGUCUCUUGAUCUAGAGAAACGAACAACUCCUCCAGCAAAACCAUCAAUUAUUGAGCCACCGAAACUGGAACUCAAGAAACUGCCAUCACAUCUUAAAUAUGUAUUUCUUGGAGAAAAUGCUACUCUUCCAGUUAUUGUGUCAUCGCUUCUGAAUGAGGGCCAAAUGGAUGGGUACUCAGGAUACAACCAGAUCAACAUUGCGUUGGAAGACCAAGAAAAGACUACUUUCACUUGUCCCUAUGGGACAUUCGCUUUCAGUCGGAUGCCAUUUGGUCUUUGCAAUGCACCAGCUACCUUCCAAAGAUGCAUGAUGUCCAUAUUCUCUGAUAUGGUUGAAAACUUUCUUGAAGUUUUCAUGGAUGAUUUCUCGGUGGUGGGAGAUUCAUUCGAUGAAUGUUUGGGUCAUCUUGAUCGGGUGCUGCAACGGUUGGUUCACACUGACCAUGCUGCAUUGCGCUAUUUGAUGACGAAAAAGGAUGCUAAGCCUCGGUUGAUAAGAUGGGUGAUGGACAUCUUGAAAGCGUGCCAUGAUUCUCCAGUUGGUGGACAUCACAGUGGAAAUCGAACAGCAGCCAAGGUGCUAGAGUGUGGAUACUACUGGCCAGCCAUUUAUCGUGAUGCAAAUAUGUUGGCACGCUCUUGUGAUAAAUGCCAACGCCAGGGCACAAUAGGUCGGAGGCAUGAAACUCCGAUGAACUUUGUUCUUGAGGUGGAGCUAUUUGAUGUAUGGGGAAUUGAUUUUAUGGGGCCCUUCGUGAGCUCCUACGGCCUGAAAUACAUUCUUGUCGCAGUGGAUUAUGUCUCCAAAUGGGUGGAGGCGGUGGCCUUGCCUAACAAUGAUGGUAGGAGAGUCAAUGCGUUUCUCAAAAAGAACAUCUUUACUAGAUUUGGCACUCCUAGAGCUAUUAUUAGCGAUGGUGGAUCUCAUUUCUGCAAUAAACCAUUUGCUGAUCUUCUUGAAAAAUAUGGCGUGCAUCACAGGGUUGCCACUCCGUAUCAUCCUCAGACGAGUGGUCAGGUUGAGGUCUCAAACAGAGAAAUAAAAAGCAUCUUGGCAAAGACGGUCAAUGUGAAUCGCACUGACUGGUCUAAAAAGUUGGAUGAUGCUUUAUGGGCAUAUCGCACGGCAUUCAAAACGCCUAUAGGGACUUCACCGUAUAAGUUGGUAUUUGGGAAGGCAUGUCAUUUGCCUAUUGAGCUUGAGCAUAAAGCCCUUUGGGCAUUGAAAAAGCUGAAUAUGGAUUGGCAUGAAGCAACUAAGCUGCGGUAUCACGAAACUACAAAAGCCUUGCUGGAUGUUGUUCGGAGGCUUUAUGGCGAUCUGUUUUAUACUUCAUGGGGUGAAAUCCCAAAUAAUACUCGACAGGCUAUGUUCAGAGAGUUUAACAGGAAGGGGAGUGCAAGGUUGUCUGAUUGGUUUUCAAGGCCUGGAAGGUAUAUGAGGAAGCCCCAAUGGCUAUACGCCGAACAAUGGGAGAAACUUAAGGCAAAGGCCGCCCGUGCGUCCCAGAAAGGUGGCUCUUUGCACACUGUGGGUGCAAGAAGUCAGGGGCACGUGGCUAGGACAAUGAAAAAUGCUACUGGACAGAUGCCGACUCAGGAUCAACUAUUCCUAAAGACCCACACAAAAAAGAAGAAGCAGGAGUCGGAUCCGAUCGUAUGGGUUGAGGACAGGGCUCGUGAUUCUUAUACGCAAUUUAUGCAAGAUGUGGACCAGUAUAACCAAACUCAGCCUGACCACCCGAGCCGUCCUCCGCCGGAAUUAGAGAUAGAUUUUUGGUGUAGAGCAAUUGGGGGAGUACAAAAGGAUAGAGCGUGUGGCUGCAGAAAAUGCAGCAAUUGCAUGCAGAAAUUUUUUCAGAAAACCGACGCAGUCCUUCGGUUUUCUCGAAAUUAA